CUUUGCAACUUUGGCGGCGUAGGUAGGCAGAGAAAUCGAAGAAUAUUUCCCAGGCAGUCAAUUCACAAGAGCAUUUACUGAACGGAAGGAGAAAAUAUCCUCAGUUUUAUGUAAUUUAUUGCAUUGAAUUGUUCAUUUUGGUCCAAAAUUUGAUGUUGUUGGCCGCCUAAACGUCACGAUCAGUAAAAUCCCUGACCAUGAGGAGUGUGAUAUUUUGCGCGGUGUCGUUCUUUAUUUGUGGAGUUGGGGUAUCAGGGGAGACCAAAACCACGGAUACAUUUCGCCUCUUCACGAACCUGUUCGCCAAUUACUCUAAAGAUAUUCGACCCGUGGAGAGAUCAAGCCAGAGCAUCAAUGUUCUAUAUGGAAUGGCCAUCAGACAAAUCAUUGACAUGGAUGAACGCAAUCAGAUUAUAACAACAAAUGUGUGGUUACGACAGGGCUGGAGUGAUGCCAAUCUAAAAUGGAACCCGGAUGAUUACGGCGGGAUAACAAAGAUCACAAUUCCUUCUUCAGAAAUCUGGAAACCCGACAUCAUUCUCUACAACAAUGCGGACAGCUCUUUCAAGGGCGCCAUGAAGACCAAUGCUGCCGUCUCAUUCGAUGGUAGUGUCACUUGGCUAGCUCCGGCCAUCUUCCGGAGUUCCUGUAAGAUCAACAUCAACUACUUCCCCUUCGACAAGCAGGAGUGCACCCUGCAGUUUGGAUCAUGGGCCUACACCACUGAGCAUCUGAACCUCCUGAACCGCUCGGCCUCGGGAGACACCGGAAGCUUUCUAGUCAAUGGUGAAUGGAGGCUUGAAGAUUUCCCAGUCAUCAGGACAUUGCCAAAGUAUGGCUGUUGCAAGUACCCAUUCUCCAUUCUCGACUUCGUACUCAUCAUCAGAAGAAGACCAUUGUUCUACGUCAUCAACAUGCUUGUCCCAUGUAUCUUGGUAUCUGCCCUCACUCUCCUUACCUUCUAUCUACCCGCUGAUACCGGAGAGAAGUUCACCCUCUGCAUCACUAUACUUCUCUCACUUACUGUCUUCCUCCUGCUUGCUGCCGAGACCAUGCCCCCAACGUCAGAGGUGGUGCCCCUUAUUGCCCAGUACUACAUCACCACAAUGGUUUUGGUGUCUGGUUCUACGGUGUUAACAGCCAUCGUUCUCUAUAUCCACCACCGUGGCACGUACGUGGGUAGGGCGCCCUCUUGGUUUCGACGAUUCACGCUCGAUUACCUGGCAAAGUUUAUGUGCAUGAAAGAAUGUAAUACCACAGACGAUGUCACAGACAAGAUACCCCAAAUCAACUUUGAGAACGCUUCAGGAAGCAGCGGCUCAUCCACUGGGGUAGUUGAGGCUGGUCGUCAUAGCAACGAGAUGCCUCUCGAACUCGAUGUAGCCAACCUACCGACGUCACAGUCCAGCACGUGCGUCCAGCUUGAUCGCCGGGGUCGUAUACGCUUCAUCAUGUCCCAAAUCGCAUCCUAUCUCAGGAAAGUCAUGGAGACGACUGAAGACGGAGUUGUCGAUGACGAGAUCAAGGGUGAAUGGAUGAGGAUCGCCUUCGUGGUCGAUCGCUUCUUCAUGUGGUUGUUUGGACUCAGCACCGCCGUGGCUACGUGCGGAGUAUUACUUCAGGUUAAGGAAUAAUUUCCUCCAUCCCUUCUCUCUCAUAUCACCCCCCCCCCUCUCUCUCUCUCUCUCAUACACUCCCUCACUUCUUUUUUUUCCCCUCACUCUGUCUCUCUUACAGAGUAGCAAUGUAAUUUGAAAAAAAAAACGAGCUCUUGUCUUUCGACAUGUUAAGCAAUGUACAAUUUUCAAUGAAAAUGAAGUCUGAAAGGUCUCAUGUAAAUUUUAUAUCAAACUAUUAAACAUGUGUUAGAUAUAAAUUGAUUUGAAAAGGUAAGAUUAAAAUUGAUUAAUGAUCAUUUGGUAAUUGCCAUAUCAAGUUUCAAAUUAACGCAUUUAUUGUUAUUCAAAAGUACAGAAUGACAAGUGUUCAAAGGCGUCGGUAGCCUCUUGUCGAGGCCCAUGUCCUCACACACCACUGUUCUCAUUAACAUACGAACAAAGCAGAAAAGACUAACAGAUUAAUAGUCGACCUCUGGGUGGGUAUAAACUUAACUUUUUAUUUGAAUGGUCAACACAAUUUUGUCCAAUUCGUGUUCAUGAUUAAUACAUAUGCAACUGUCUACAUGUUCAUUACUACGAUUUUGAAGUUAAUAUCCACCUUUGCAUGGUGUUUAAAAAAGGGUCAACUCAAUCAAGCAAAUUAAGAAUUAAAAUUAUAAAUGACAGUCAUGAACCGCAAAUAAAUAAAGUGCUUUUUAAAGUAAAUCCGCGGAUAAGAGUAAAGAUUUCAUGGGAAAAGUUCACGUAAAUUUUGAUGAAUUAUUGUUUUUAUUCCAUGCCUGUGGGAAGUUAUAUUAGUAUGGCCAAAUCAUGGAGCCAAUAAAAUAGUAUUAAAUUCAUAAUACAUAAACAAAGACCUAUAACAUUUUGUUAUAAACAGCAUGUAAAUAUAUGAUAUCAUAAUAUGGAUGUAUAAUUCUACACAUCUUAAUGUGUAAAUUGAUAAAUGUAUGAAUUUGAUUUUUUUUAUUGGAAAUGAGAAAAAAUAAAAACUGAACUGAAUGCAAAAGCUUUGUCGCGAAGCUAUCUCACUCCUUAUAAGGUUACUUUAACAUUGUACAUUCAUUAUCUGAUAACUUUUCUUUUGUAUUUCGUUUGAUAACCGACUGGACUAUGGUCAAAAUCUUUGGUAUUUCACUUAAUGUGCCUUUAUUGUUUUUUAUCUAAAUGAUUUGUAGUUUAAGGCAAAUAAAAUUGUGAUAAGACUACUUUUUGUAUUGUGUCGAUUAGGAUUAUGGUGCAAGAAGACUUCAACGAAACUAGUGCACAUUUCUGAGGGACUGAAAAUAAUUUCAUAGCAAGCAAACGUACAUGUUCUGUAUGACAGUAUUACCAGAAAAGGCCAAUAUACCACACCUGGGUCACGAAUCAUUGAUUACCAAGGGUGUAAAAUGAUGUCGUCUUUUCAAAUGUAUACGUAAAAAAAUGAAUAUUUUACGCUACCCUUUAUAACAUUUGUCACAACAUUUGCCAAGAUAUAUAUGGAUAUUUACAAUAUGCAUUCGAAAAUUCCCUUUUUACAUAAAGAUCGAAUUAGAAACAUAACAAAAUUUGCAACACAUUUCUGAUUAUUUAUAAAAGGGCGAUGCGAGUCAACACUAAACGAAUGCGCGUAAUGUGGCUCGAGAUCCAUAGUGUGUAAUGUAUACAGUUCGUCGGAUUUCAGUUCCCCUAUAACAUGGAGAACGAAAUUGACGUAAGAGAAAAAGAAAUACUGUGUCUGAAGAAUUAUUUGUUUUAACUUUUAAAGACUACCCGAUCAAUUAGAACCAGGUUGUAUAAUUUGUUUUUACUGUGUAAUUGAGUUACUCGGAUUGGCGAUGAAAUGAAGGUGUUGAUUUCUUAUUCUAUAUUUUUACAAAAACUUUGAAUGUAUUCAUAUUUUGCAAUAUUUUGAGGAAUGAUGUUUCUACUGAAAUUCAAAAAUUUCAGUCUUUUUUCUACCUUCCCUGUAACUGAAUUACCAUGAUUACUGCAGCAUUCUUUCAUUGAGUUUUUAUUUGUAUAUAAUUGGUAAUAAAUUAUGUUCUACAUGUACAUUAAAUCCAUUUUCAGUCAAUCUCCUUCGUACUUAUUUUGUCUAAUAUCCUUUAAACUGUAUCUUUCUUGGUUGUGUGACUAUACUUCUAUCUAAAUAGAAUAAAAAGGAUAAGCCUAGCAAGCUUACAUGCAACCUUUGGUGAGUGUCAAACAACGAACAACCAUUAGUGUAAUAACGAAAGGUUUAUUAAAAACAUUUUGUGAAGUGAUGCAUUUUGAUAAAAUUUUGCAAUUUUUCCAAUAUCUUGA